AUGUUGUUCAACAUUCAAGUGAUCAGUGACGGCAUCAUUGGCGGCAUAAUGAUAGUGGUUGGAGUGCUUUCAACAAGCAUUUGGAACAUUGUAGUGGGGCAUGUCACUCGGUUAUACCCAGCAGAACUAUCCUUAACUGCGAUGAUGAGCUUAUUCGGCACGAUCCAAGCUGCCAUUGUCGCUGCAUUUGUCUCAUCAAGUUCAUCUUGGAAGCUAAAGUGGGAAGGAGGACUUGUCUUGAUUACCAUAUUACUAGGAGGAGUUGUGGUGACAGGAUUAUCGUAUUAUGUAAUGACAUGGUCCAUUAAGAAAAGGGGACCUGUAUUCACAACGGCUUUUAACCCACUUCUGGUCGUUUUAUCGUUUAUUCUGCAGACAUUUGUCUUGGGAAAUUCUGCACAUUUGGGCAGCAUUGUGGGAGGAGUAUUGGUUAUACUGGGGCUUUACCUACUUCUAUGGGCAAAAGCCAAUGACGUGAAGAAGGAAGAAAUUGUGGCCGAUGAUUCUUUGUACUCUCCCUUGGUUCAACCUUGA